AUCCCCACUCAGCUCAACGAAAUUGAUGUCGUAGUCGAUUCGUGUGGUUAACGCGCUUCAUGUCCAUCUUUCUCUAUCACUGUGUCUCGGUUCAAGUGCGGAUGGUUAUUUUUUUAUAAGUUUUUAACUAUUUAGUUUUUAGGAACACCGCCAUGGCUUUAUCUACAGCUCGGCCGUUAGUUUCUGUAUACAGUGAAAAAAAUGAAGAAACCGGAGAAACUGUUGCUCUUGCUACUGUGUUCAAAGCACCCAUCAGACCGGAUGUUGUUAGUUUCGUCCACGACAAUGUUUCAAAAAACAGCAGACAACCUUAUGCCGUCAGCAAACUAGCUGGUCAUCAAACUAGUGCUGAAUCAUGGGGUACUGGUCGUGCCGUUGCUCGUAUUCCUCGUGUCCGAGGUGGUGGUACUCACCGCAGUGGUCAAGGAGCUUUCGGUAACAUGUGUCGUGGUGGACGAAUGUUUGCCCCCACACGUGUAUGGCGCCGUUGGCAUAGAAAAAUUAAUGUUACACAAAAGCGUUAUGCUACAGUAUCAGCUAUUGCCGCUUCUGGUGUACCUGCUCUUGUCAUGUCAAAAGGUCAUUUGGUACAAGAGGUACCUGAAUUUCCAUUAGUUGUUUCUGACAAGAUCCAAGAAUACACUAAAACCAAGCAAGCUACAAUUUUCUUACACCGUAUCAAAGCAUGGAAAGAUAUCCAAAAGGUGAUUAAGUCUCGCCGUUUACGUGCAGGUAAAGGAAAAAUGCGUAAUCGUCGUCAUGUUCAGCGUAGAGGUCCAUUGAUUGUUUACAGUAAAGAUCAAGGUUUAAGGAAAGCUUUCCGUAACAUCCCAGGUGUAGAUUUGAUUAACAUCAGGAAAUUAAACUUGUUGCACUUAGCCCCUGGUGGUCAUGUUGGACGUUUUAUUAUCUGGACACAAUCUGCUUUCCAAAAGUUGGAUGAUCUUUAUGGCACAUGGGACAAAAAAGCAACUCUGAAGAGCGGCUACAAUUUGCCUUUCCCCAAAAUGUCAAAUACUGAUCUGACAAGGAUUCUCAAAUCUGAUGAACUCAAGAAAUACUUGCCAGCUCAAAGGACUGGAUCAUUGCGCCGCACUCGUAAAUUGAACCCAUUGAGACAUGUACGUACUAUGCUCAGAUUGAAUCCUUACAUUGCAGUUCAAAAACGUGUUGCAAGCAAUGAAAACAAAUUAAGAACAUUGGCUCGUGAAACUUACUUAGCCAAGAAAGAAGGGAGACCAACAACUGAGAAGGGUGAAAAAUUAUUGAAACGUUUCAUCAAUGAAAAGAAAAUGUUACGUGCUGCCAAAAUCAAGGCCAAGAAGGUUAUUGCUGUUAAGGGCUUGCGUGAAAUUCAUGAAAAGAAAUUGGAAGCAUAUAAAAAGCGACUUGCAGCACGUGGUGGUGCUCCACCUACCAAGAGGUGCAAGAAACAAUUACCCAAGCCAAAACCUAAGGCUGAGGUUAAGAAACCUGCACCUACUACCAAGGCAGCACCAAAAGCAAAAUCGACUGGUAAAGCUAAGGCAUGAUUGGACUAAUAAACAAAAUUAUUAUAAA